AUGUUUGAUACGCCUACGCUCGUGGCGAUAUGUACUGCCUUGGUCGUGUACGCUUGGACCAAGAAGUCACGGCGCCCACCUGGACCGACGGGAUUGCCUGUCAUCGGUAAUCUGCUCGAUAUGGCGGCGCUUGAUGACCCAGCAACAAUCCAACAGUGGGGGAGGAAGUUCGGAGAGCUCACGUACCUGCAAGUGUUUCGUACGCCUUUCGUGUUCAUCAAUGGAGCAAAGGCCGCCAUAGAACUUCUCGACAAGCGGAGCGCUCUGUACUCCGAUCGACCUGGUUUGCCUUUUUCUGGUGGGAUGGUCGGGCUGGACAAGCUCGUGCCUAACACUCCUCUCGGAGAGCGAUUCCGACUGGAAAGAAAGCUGAUGGGGACCGUGCUCAGCAUCCGCGCCGUUACGAAGUGGGAGCAUACCGUCACGAGGGAGACCAACGUGCUGAUCAAGCAGCUCUUGGAGGUGCCAGACCAGUUUGCGGAGCAUAUGCGAAGGAUGUCCACGGCGUUGUAUUUUAUGACGCUGUACGGAUAUCGUAUUCAGGGCGAUGAUGAUCCAUACGUCAACCUCGCAGAGGAGUUCAUGGCUGCAUCCAGUGUCGCCAUCCGAGGGGGCUGGCUAGUGGAUUUCAUCCCAGCUCUGAAAUGGGUGCCAUUUCUUAGCUUCCAUCGCAAAGCCGCCGAAUGGCGAGCGCAGGUGCCAGAUUGGGUCGAUAAACCGUACAACGAGCUGCGGAAGUACUUCGAGUCGAACCAAGAUUGUCUCUGCGGCGCGAUGUUGAAUCCUGAAGGAGAGGCGAAAGCUGACGCUAAGACCGAAGAACACAUCAAAUGGAUUGCGACCUCUGUGUACGGUGCUGGUUCCGAUUCGAGCGCUGUUGCCCUCAAGCACUUCAUCCUCGCUAUGACCAUAUACCCCAAGGUUUGCGGCCUUGCAGGAGCGGAAUUAGACGCGGUUAUAGGGAGAGACAGGCUUCCUUGUCUCGCCGACCGCAGUAAACUGCCCUACGUCGAGGCCGUCUACAAGGAGGUCCUUCGAUGGGGAACGCCAAUUCCGCUGAGCGUCCCGCAUCGUCUCAUACAAGACGACGUGUACGAGGAUCAAGUACUUCCCGAGGGCACCUGGUGUCUAGCAAACAUAUGGGCCAUCCUCCACGAUGACGAUCUGUACCCCGACCCGCACAACUUCCGCCCAGAGCGCUUCAUGGAAGAGACAGACGCCACUCGUGCCAGGAUGAUCGACCCCGAAACCUACGUGUUCGGCUUCGGCAGACGCCGCUGCCCUGGUCACAAUUUUGCGCACGCGUCCGUUUGGCUAGCCAUCGCACGUAUAUUGGCCUGCUUCGAGAUAUCGCCAAUCGGCGACAACGAGAAGGACGUUCCCGUACCUGCCUUCACUCCAGGGGCUAUCAGGAAUACUCUGCCAUUCGCAUGCAAGAUAACCCCUAGGCACUCGAAAGUUGCCGAGCUGAUCGAACAGGAUAACCCAAGCGCGACGGAUUGAGAUUGGCGACAGCUUUGUACUUAUCUUAUCUGAUAAAUG